UAAGGUAGCUAGCAGGCGUAGCUUAUUAGCUAAAACCCAAAUUCCAAAUUAAGAUGGGCAGCGGUGGUGACUAUGAUACGUGCAUAGAUAUGAUCUUCGCCAACUAUGUCCAAAACCUGACAUCAUCCUAUGCCAACAAGAGCAAUGAGACCUCCAUUGUGGCCACCUUGUCCAUCAUGUUCAUCCUCGCCUCUCUCUUCUUCAUCCUCAGCCUCUUCAGCCGCUUGUCCGACGUGAGCGCGGUGCUCAACCCCACCGUCCGCUUGAUCCUCUCCAGCUCACUCUCCCUCUUCCUCCCCGUCAUGUCCUACCUCUUCUCGGAGGCCAAGAACGGCGAUGCCACCGCGGGUAGUUCCGGCCAGCAAACGGAGCUCUCGUUGCGGGCACGGACGAUCCUCACGUGGAUGCUUCUUGUGGAGCUCCUCCGCAACAAGGUGGAGACUGCUCUUGUCAGCGACACUGGAGCGAAAGGAUACUUGAGCACCAUUCAGCAAGCUACCCGCGUUGCUUGGCAGGGCUACCUCGUCUUCUUCAACCUCAAGAGCUCUGGCCAGAGGGUAGUCUUUGGCUUCUUAUGGGUGAUCGCUGCUUCCCAGCUAUUUCAGAGGAUCACCAUAAAUGAGGUUCUCAAGUCCUCCUAUGCCUAUGGCAAGAACGCCCAACGUCUCCACUCCUACAUGGCUCACAUACUGCUACAUCGUCGUCGUCAAGAUUCCGAUGAAGGAGGAGGAGGAGCCCAGCUGUUGAAGCUUUGCGACUACGCCGUGAUGGGAGAAGAAGAGUUGGAGAUGGAGGCUGGGCCGCCGGAGGACAGCGAGCUUAAUAUCCAGAAGAUCAUCUCUGCAAGAAAUACUACGGAUCAUGUCAUCACCGUUGGCAAGAUAUGGUCCCUGGCGGAUGUGAGAGACUCUCCUCUCCAGAAAGACCAUAGGCUCAAGAGGCUGUGCCUCUCCUUUGCACUCCACAAGCUGCUGCGUCGUCGCUUUGAGAAUCUCCGCUUCACCGAUGCGGAGGUUCAUAACUGCCGCGACCUCAUCUUCAGAGGUCUAUGCCGAGACGGCACGGACAAGGAAGCCAUCGCGGUUGCACUGUUCCAAGUGCUAAGGGACGAGAUACUUUUCGUCAAUGAGUACUACAACUCUGUCCUCCCCGUUGUGCUCUCAAGCCCCUUCUUCCUCCUAGCCAACUACUUCAUGUCUCCCAUCCUCGUAUUGGCAUUCUUCCUCCUCACCUUCAUUGCUUGCAACAAUGGGGACUGGUCCUACGCGUUGCAGAGUAUCACGAGUGACAACCUACUUCUACAUAUUGGCAUCAUCAAGACGGUUAAAUGCCUUUUCCACUACAUUAGUACACCGCCAGCACUCUACACCACGGUGGACCUUGCCAUCACCUUUCUUCUAGUGCUGGCUAACAUCUAUGAGGAGAUUUGGGAAUUCAUUGUCUGCAUCCUCUCUAACUGGUUCAUGGUGUCUUUGAUCCACCUCUACGCUAGGAACCCACAGAGGAGCCGUCUAAGCCCCACUUUCAAGGCCAUCAUCCGGAGGAUCAUAUGGGUUCGGAACCUAAUGAGCCAACCUAGGCUCCAGUUCAACCAGUUGUCCAUGCUAGGAGGAGGUUUUCUCCCUUGCCGUCAUCCUUUCUUGCUGCAACCCAAGAUUGUACCCAAGGAGGUGAAGAAGUCCAUCAUGGAGUAUCUGAUGAACCACAUUGACGGCCAUGCCCCACUAAGCAACGGAUGGUCCACGAUGCAAGCAAACUACCCCGAGUACCACUCUAAGCUCUCAUGGAUGUGCCACAACGACAACGUCACGGAGGUGAUGCUCACUUGGCACAUCGCCACCACCAUAUUGGAGGCCAAAUUCCCCAAGCAGACAGGAGCAACAGCUUCUUCUCAAGCUCACCGCACGGUGGCGACGACACUGUCCAAGUACUGCGCAUACCUGGUGGCCUUCAAGCCAGAGCUACUCCCCAGCAACCUAGAUGGGACACAGAAAAUGUAUGGAGCCCUGAAGAAGGAGCUGAAGGCGACACUCGGAUGCUGGCGUUACUGCUUCCCAAAGGAGAUUGUGGGACGACGAGUUGCAGUCGAGAAAUUGAUGCAAGAAGAAUCCCAAGGGAAGCUAGAGGGGAAGAUGCCAUUGAUGUGCAAGGGUGCCAGGGCUGGAAGGAUUCUCUUCGAGAAGGCUACGCUCGUCGACAACGAGGAGCCCGUGUGGGAGGUACUGGCUCACAUCUGGACGGAGCUCAUUGUGUUCAUAGCGCCAUCAGGCGACGAUGAGGUGCAGGUCAAGGCACAUAGGGAUGCAUUGGGGCAAGAUGCUGGGGAGUUCAUCUCUGUGCUCUGGGCACUCACUACGCAUACAGGUGUGACACGCCCGUGCGUUAAGCCGUGGGCAUUAAUCCCGGUCGAAAAUCUAGCUUGACGCCAAGGACACCGGCCGGCCUGUUUGAUUUAUUGGUUUGGUUUAUGCUAGCUUUAACCAGAAAUAUUGUGUGUGUGUGUGUGUGUGUGUGUGUGUGUUUAUAUGUUGGAUUGCUUGUUUCUUCAUAAGUAAAGUUUGGUCAUUGCAUGUGA